AUGGCAGCUGCCAAUUCUGAUCAAACUCAAUGGCACACAUUUACCUGUGGCGAAGAAGAGUACACAGUGCCUAUUCGAUAUAAAGAUCCGAAAAAAAUCGGAUACGGUGCUUUCGGCGCUGUAGCUCAGAUGACAGAUACGGUCACCGGCAAAAUUGUUGCUAUCAAAAAGUUAAUUCAACCAUUUCGAGGCACAGAAUAUGCAAAACGAGCUUAUCGCGAACUCAAAUUACUCAUGCAUCUAGACCAUCCUGGUAUGCAUAUCGUACGAUUAUUGAACGUUUUCACACCUAAUAAUAACUUGCGCGAAUUUGAAACUUUUUAUUUGGUGAUGAAAUAUGCCGGUGUUGAUUUGAAUCGUAUUAUUAAAAGACAUGCAUUCACUGAAGAACAUAUCAAACAAAUCAUUUAUUCGAUACUUCGUGCUUUGAAAUUCGCACAUUCAGCUGAAAUCCUUCACCGCGACUUGAAACCAUCAAAUAUUGGAAUUGAUGAAGAUUCGAAUCUCACGAUUCUCGAUUUUGGCUUAGGACGUGUUGCAGCCGACGGGGAUAAAACCGGUUAUGUUCAAACAAGAUGGUGGCGUGCACCGGAUAUAUAUACGAACUGGCAGAGAUAUGAUGAUAAAUUGGAUAUGUGGUCUGUUGGUUGUAUAAUGGGCGAAUUGAUUUUACGUAAACCAAUUUUUCCUGGAAAAGAUCAUACCGAUCAUUUGAAGAAGAUAUUUGAAAUUAUCGGUACACCUGAUAGGUCAACACUAGAUGAAAUUUGCACACCAGGUUCGUAA